AUGAACGAAAAAGUAUUUGUGGAUAAAUUGGACAAGCUAACGAACACUCAGCAAAGUAUUCAAUCAUUAUCCUUGUGGGUAAUAUACCAUGCCAAACGAGCAAAAGAGAUUGUUCAGAUCUGGUUAAGAGAAGUGAAGAAAGCGGCACCAAAAAGAAAAUUAUGUUACUUUUAUUUGGCUAAUGAUGUUAUUCAAAACUCCCGAAAGAAAACACAGGCUUUUGUGGACGAAUUUCAACAUGUUUUACCUGUAGCCUUACGUGAUAACAUUAAUAUGAUUCCUCAAAACGAGCAAAAGAGUUUACAGAGAAUGUUCAAUGUGCUCGAAGAGCGAAAGAUUUUUACUAGUGACUUCUCUAAAGAAUGUAAACGAAUUAUUGAAGGAGCCCUCGAUGGAUCUACUUCUAGUGUACAGACCAGUAGUGUUCAUGCAGUAGGCGACUCAAUCAGUAGCUCAUCUUUGAAGAGAGACAGACAAGUAGCAUUUGGUUCUCCUCAAAUUGAUUCUACAAUUGCAUCAAAGCCAAUUGUUAAAACCCUUACUCAACUAAAUGAAAUUAUGGAGUCUAAUCGCUUGGAUCAAAAAAGUUUUACUGACAAUGAUAAACUGAUUUCAGAAUGUAAACAAAAAGUGUUGGAUAGACCUGAUAUUGGAGAGGAUAGUUUAGCUAACAUGUCACCAUUCACAUUAAAACAAUUGCAAUCAGACGUUGAAAGUAUGAUCACAAAAUGCACAGACUAUAAAUUUGCUCUUGCCAAAGAAAAUAAUAAGCGAAGAGAAUACAUUCAACAACUAGAACAAGAAUUGAAAGAACAACAAGAUUUAAUGGACAAGUGCAAUGAUUGUAUUAAAGAGUGGAACAACAAUUACAUUGUAGAUCUCCAAAAAGUCUCAACAUCUGUUGAAAUUCAUCUCAAUAACAAACGUCUUGGCACUAGUAGCAACGCAACCAGUGCCUUCUCUUCCCACGAUGAAGAUCCACUUGCUAGCACGGUCUACACCGACGACUUUUUCCGAGUUGACGAAGACGAGGAAGCAGUGGAAUCUUCAAAUAAAAAGCUGAAAAUGGAAACACCUUUCGAUGAAGAGGAAGACCUAUUCAGUGAAGUGAAACAACGAACGGCCACUGCUGCUCCUCUCACAGCCAGUGAUGUGAAUAGUUUGAUGAGUUCGAUUCUGAGUGCUAUUGGAUCAACCAAGAAUGCAAAUGGAAGUACUGGUAACGGAGCAAGUGGAAAUUCCACUUCUAAUGAAUAUGAUGCAACCUCUAGUGAUUAUCCUCCUUUCGAUUAA